AUGUUACGACGACCUACUUCAACUUCUUCUCUCGCGACUUUGACAAAAAAAUUCCGUGUACCUUUGGCCGAUCAAACUGCUAACAAUAGCAUCGAUAUGGAACAUAGAAGAACUCUUGGUAUACGAAGACGUAAUGGCUCUCGAUAUAAACAACUUUAUGAUCAUACAGCAGAAGAUGCUUUUGUUCUUUGGGACCCUGAUGUCGAUACCCUUCCGGAACAACCUCCAACAACAGAAACUAAUAAGGAUACAAAAACAAAUUCAACAGAAGAAAAAGAAACCUCAGCAAACAAAGUUGCUCUUAGUGGAAAAUCUCUCUCAGAAAUGCUUGGGUUAAAGAAAGAAGUCUCUAAAAAAUGUCAUGUAGUAGUGGAUCCUGUUUUGGCCAAGAUUUUGCGUCCUCAUCAAGUGGAAGGUGUUCGAUUCUUAUUUAGGUGUACUACAGGAAAAGUGCAUCCAAAUGCUUUUGGUUGCAUUAUGGCAGAUGAAAUGGGUUUAGGUAAAACGUUACAAUGUAUCUCUUUGGUUUGGACCUUACUUCGACAAUCUGAUGAAUUGGGAAAACCUACUAUACAUAAAGCUAUCAUUACUUGUCCUUCAAGUCUUGUUAGAAAUUGGGCAAAUGAAAUAGUAAAAUGGCUUGGUGAAACUCGCGUACGACCUUUGACAAUUGACAAUUCCGGAAGCAAGGAAAAGAUCUCAGCAGUGAAACGAUGGGCAGCUGCUCAAGGUCAACUUGUAAAUCCUGUACUUAUUAUAUCAUAUGAAACGCUCCGUGCCUAUACCAAAUAUAUGAAGAAUUGCCCUAUUGGAUUACUAUUGUGUGAUGAAGGUCAUCGAUUAAAGAAUGGAGAAUCACAACUUUUCAAGGAAUUAAACAAAUUACAGGUCCGUCGAAGAGUCAUCUUAUCAGGAACACCCAUUCAGAAUGAUCUUAGUGAAUAUUAUAAUCUUAUCGAUUUCGCCAAUCCUGGAAUUCUAGGUACUCCCAAUGAAUUUCGCCGUAAUUAUGAAAAUCCUAUUCAACGUGGUCGUGAUUCAGAUGCUUCUGAUGCUGCUCGGAAACUCAGUGAUGAGAAAGUACAAGAAUUCUGGACUAUUGUAUCAAAAUUUACUAUUAGACGAACAAAUGAUAUUCUUACCAAAUACCUGCCAAAGAAAUUUGAACAUGUGGUAUUUUGCAAUUUAUCUCCUUUACAGCAACAAUUGUAUGAUAUAUUCCUCACAUCUCCAGCUAUGAAAAGGUUACUACGAGGUCAGGACAGUCAGCCAUUGAAGGCGAUUACUAUGCUCAAGAAACUUUGCAAUCAUCCUGAUCUAUUGGAUUUACCUACAGAACUGGAAGGAUCAGAAAAAGUCUUACCAUCAGGAUAUACAAGUAGUCAUGGUGGAAAAACGGGACAAGUUAUUUCUAGCUUAUCUGGGAAAUUUAUGGUGUUAGACCGCAUGUUGGCCAAAAUCAAGAAAGAAACAGACGACAAAAUUGUACUUAUCAGCAAUUACACACAAACUUUAGACCUAUUUGAACGGUUUUGCGCACAAAAACAAUACGGUGUACUACGGUUGGAUGGCUCUAUGAACAUCACUAAACGACAAAAAUUAGUAGAUCAAUUCAAUGACCCUGAAGCACCAGAGUUUGUAUUCUUACUUAGUAGCAAGGCUGGAGGAUGUGGAUUGAACUUGAUCGGCGCCAAUCGAUUAGUUUUAUUUGAUCCAGAUUGGAACCCUGCGGCUGAUCAGCAAGCAUUAGCGCGUGUCUGGCGGGAUGGACAAAAGAAAGACUGCUUUAUUUAUCGAUUUAUUGGUGCUGGCACUAUAGAAGAAAAAAUAUUCCAAAGACAAUCUCACAAACAAUCACUAUCUAAUUGUGUGGUAGACGAAGCCACAGAUGCUGAGCGACAUUUCUCUGUGGAAAAUAUGCGACAACUCUUCCAAUUACAUACAUCAAGUGAAUGUGAAACUCAUGAUACCUUCAAAUGUAAACGAUGUAUACAAGGUAAACAACACAAAUCAGCGGAUGUAAUGCAGUAUGGAGACACAAGCACAUGGGAUCACUUUGAUAAGGAUUUAUUGAAAUUACCAGAUCCUAUAUUGAAACAAGAAGCAGGAAAAGGAAUUGUUUCUUAUGUAUUUCAAUAUAUAUCUCAUAUGGAAUAG